AGAACUGACCAAUUAUGUCCGGGAGUGUAUACAAAAAUCUCAUACACAAAUAACAUUCCAGUUCACAAUACGAUUUAAACGAGUGUCAAGAGACACAGCGUUUCCGUGAUAUCAUUUAAUUCAUCUAGCAAACGCACAAGCUUAAAAGAUAGGAUUAAUAAUGUCUGCUAAUAUGGCUAUACUGAAAUUUUGGAGGAAAAGUAAUCCUAUAGCUUUAUGGAAGAUACAUAAUAUUUUUCAAAUCCAAAGAACAAUUAGUAUUUCUGCACAAAAGAGAUUUCUCCUUAGUGAGAAUAAAGUAGCAGCAGCAGCAGCAAUUACAGCAACAAAUAAAAAAUUAGACUGGAAUAGAGCUAUGUCAGAAGCAGAAAAAAUCGUUGGAUAUCCAACAUCAUUUUUAAGUUUAAGAUGGCUAUUGAGUGAUGAGAUUGCAAAUAUUGCUUUGCACUUAAGGAAGUUGGUUGGAUCGAACCAUCCUUUAUUAAAAACAGCCAAAAACAUUAUUUUUAAUGGACAUAACAACAUACAGGCAUUUGGUCUUAUUGUAUUGUUAAUCUCCAAAGCUGCUGGUCAUCUGAACGUGAAUCAUAUAGAAGAAGAUAAAUCAGCAGGUGUAUUACACAGCCAAAGAGCAUUGGCUGAAAUUACAGAGAUGAUACGUACUAGUGGUUUGAUACAUAAGGGAUUAGUAAAUAUAGAUGUAAAUGGAUCUUUAGGAGCUUCAGAAAUGGACCAUAUGACGUUUGGCAAUAAAAUAGCCUUGUUAAGCGGUGAUUAUUUGCUUAGCAAUAGUUGUGCUGAAUUGGCAGCUCUUAGAAAUCAGGAUAUUACAUUCCUGAUAUCAUCUGCACUGGCAGAUUUAGCUCAAGCAGAAUUUGUAGCACGCAGGGAUAAUCAGAAUUAUCCUAUACCAUCCAUACCGCCUAAAGAUCGUACAGGUUAUGCAUUGGAAGAAUGGGAGCUUCUAAAUAUUUAUGGUGCUGGAUCGUUACUUGGAAAAAGUUGCCAAGGUACAUUGAAAUUAGCUGGACACAGUAAUGAAAUACAGGAAGAAGGUCAUAAAUUUGGUCAGCAUCUUUCUUUAGCUUGGCAGGCUUACUUGGAUUUAGCCUUAUGCAUUAAUAAAGACGAGGCAAUAUUACAUAAUUUAUGUGCUGCACCAAUUAUGUUUCAUGUGGAACAUGAUCCAUCAAUCUUAGUGGAACUCGACAAAGGACUCAAAUCAGUUGAGAAUGUUGACUAUAUGAAAGUACUUGAAAUUGUCACAGCUGGCCCAGGCAUUGAACUAACUAAAGAACUCGUGAAAGAACACUCACGAAGAGCAAUGGAAGCUUUAAACGUAUUUGAAGAAAGUGAUGCUAGAAAAGCACUAUCGAAUAUUAUUGCCGCCAUAGGUGAUUUUUAAUGAAAAAUUAUGUUAUUUGUGUUACACUCGGAAGUUGUACUUAUAUAUAUGUAUUACAUAUCAAACAAAAAUACUACACAAAAAAUAUCCGAGGUUGAACUACAAAGAAUUUAAAGAAAUUUAAAAGAAUUCUAGGAAAUGAAAAUAUUAACUUGAUAUAUAUAUCAUAAAAUUAAUAUAUAGACUAAAAUAAAUGUGAGUGCAUAAGCCUGUUCGUUUUGUCUGUACUGCUGAACUGCUGCAACAAGUUGAAGUGAGAAAACCUACGUUUGUCUCACUUUAACUUAAUGCAUCAGUUCAGCAUUGCAGACAAAACAAACAGGCCUCAUGUGUAUACAUUUCUACUUGAAUUUAUACGCAUGUACAUAUAUAAGGGAUAUAAUGAAUUAUUUUCCCUAUGUUAUAGAUAGAAACUAAGUAAAUAUUAAAGAACUUCUCGUGUUAGACAGUAUUAAUUAAGGAAAAUUUAUUACAUGUUAGAUAGUAUUAAUU